GGUUAGAAUGAAGCUCUCUCCUUCCAAUGCGGUAACCCCAGCAGAUGCUUUGCCUUUGGCCCCUCUCUCUCAUCUUGAACAGACAUCUUCUUUGUCCUAUCCUGGGGACUUCUGCCCCUGGGGGACUCAGAGGGCCAUAGCAGGGGGUCACGCUGGCCGCAGAAGACACUGCAGAUGGAUUCCCUCUAUGAAGACCUUUUUUGGUAUCUGGACCAUGAUGAAGAUGGAGCUUUGGACAUCUUUGAAUUUCAGGAAGGCCUGGAGGAUUUAGGGGUCAAGCAAUCUCUGGAGGAUGACCAGAAAAUUUUCAUUGCCGGUGAUGUCAACAAAGAUGGGAAGCUAGACUUUGAAGAAUUUAUGAAAUACCUGAAAGACCAUGAGAAGAAAAUGAAGUUAGCAUUUAAAAGUUUGGACAAGAAUAGUGAUGGGAAAAUCGAGCCUUCUGAAAUUGUCCAGUCUCUCAAGAUGCUGGGUUUACAUAUUUCUGAAGAUCAAGCAAAACUGAUUCUUCAAAGCAUCGACGCGGACGGGACAAUGACAGUGGACUGGAAUGAAUGGAGGGACUACUUUUUAUUUAACCCUGUUACGGACAUUGAAGAGAUUGUCCGUUUCUGGAAACACUCGACUGGAAUUGACAUAGGGGACAGCUUAACUAUUCCGGAUGAAUUCACAGAAGAUGAGAAAAAAUCAGGACAGUGGUGGCGGCAGCUCCUGGCAGGAGGCGUGGCUGGCGCCAUCUCUCGAACAAGCACUGCUCCUUUGGAUCGCCUCAAGGUCAUGAUGCAGGUUCAUGGUUCCAAAUCAAUGAAUAUAUUUGGAGGCUUUCGGCAGAUGGUGAAGGAAGGAGGAGUCCGUUCCCUUUGGAGAGGAAACGGCACAAAUGUCAUUAAAAUUGCUCCCGAGACAGCUGUUAAGUUCUGGGCUUAUGAACAGUACAAGAAGCUGCUUACCGAAGAAGGACAAAAAUUAGGAACCUUUGAGAGGUUCGUUUCUGGUUCCAUGGCUGGGGCAACUGCACAGACUUUUAUCUAUCCCAUGGAGGUUCUGAAAACCCGGCUAGCUGUAGCCAAAACUGGACAAUACUCUGGAAUAUACGGUUGUGCCAAGAAGAUUUUGAAACAAGAAGGCUUUGGGGCUUUUUACAAAGGCUACGUUCCCAACUUACUGGGCAUCAUUCCUUACGCAGGCAUCGAUCUCGCUGUGUAUGAGCUUUUGAAGUCUUACUGGCUGGAGAACUUUGCAAAAGACUCUGUCAACCCCGGUGUGGUGGUGCUGCUGAGCUGUGGGGCCCUGUCCAGCACCUGUGGGCAGCUGGCCAGUUACCCCCUGGCUUUGGUGAGGACUCGAAUGCAGGCACAAGCCAUGGUAGAAGGGGCCCCGCAGCUGAACAUGGUUGGCCUUUUCCGGCGUAUAGUCUCCAAAGAAGGAGUGUCAGGACUUUACAGAGGCAUCACCCCAAACUUCAUGAAGGUGCUCCCUGCUGUCGGCAUCAGCUAUGUGGUGUACGAAAACAUGAAGCAGGUGCUAGGAGUAGCUCGGAAGUGACACGUCCAAGCCUUCUUUUCCGUGAUGACCAAAGCUGUCAGCGCUCACUCUCCAGUGUCUUCUGGGAUUGCAGCAAAUCUAUUGCAGAAGAGGCUGUUCCCCGCCAAAGGGAAGAGACUCUGCAAUCACCUCAAGCAUCUGGGCUCAGCUUUAUAUCUUCAGUCAUGUUCAAAAUCACAAUUUCAACAAGUGUUGAAGAGGCCACAAAAUUGUACUUUAUAUUGCCUUGCACCCUAAAUCUGAAAAUGUACUUGCUUAAGCUGAAAUCAUUUUGUGUGGUAGAAUUAUAAAUCACUAAUCUUUGUUUUGAUUGGUUCAAGUUUAUGUCAAUUUGUUUAUACCCAAAUUUAAAAAAAAAAACAACCAAAAUGAUCAGAAAGCCUUGGGACUUAAAUUGUUCUAUAUAUUUUGGAUGUCUUUAUAGAUGUAAAAUUCUCCUGCAGGAACAUUAGUAGAAAAAAAAAUCACUGUACUUCAAAUCAAUCUUGCACGGUUUAUAUCCUCAUCUGUCAGCAGAAUAAGGAUGAAUUAUAGUAGCCAAAUUUGUGUAUGGAGGAGCAGUGAGAUAAUAUUUAUUUCAGUGGACACUCUUCUGUUCUGCUUGAAUUGUUAUUUGGUCCCCAGUGUUAGACAUUGAUUGUCAUAUGUUGUUAAAUUAUUGAUACAAGUUAUUGGGUAGACCCUUCUUCUACCAUUGCUUUCGAAAACAUCUGUGAACAAACCGUUGACUUGUACCAUGUCCUGGAGAGUGUCUUGGUUUUGUUCUUUUUUUUUUUUUUUUAACUCUUUGAAUCAAAUCCUCUUAAUCAGGAAGGCUCCCUGGGACCUUCAUAGCAAUCUGAAAUUUCUCUUUUCAUGACUUGAGUGUUGAUUUCAGGUAAAUGACACCUUCAUUUCACUUUUACGGUUGAAGUCUUUUGAACCUGCGCUUCGCAGAUGGAGUGCCUCAAAGCUAAGACACCAGCACAUUUCAACAGCAGUAUAUCUUCAUCGUAUGUACUUGAGUGAAGGGCUCAGUCUGCAAACAGACGCGUCUACAUUUUCAUUUGCCUCAAGAUUUAGGAAGGUGGCGGGACAUUUGUAAUAUCAACAGCACUUAAACUUUUUACUGAAGCUGAUUUUGUAGUCAAUUAUCUUUUAUGAUUUGUUUUAUUAGAACUUAGAAAAAUCUUAUUUCUUCUAUAAGAAGAUACUCAAUACUCUUAGCUGGGCAGUGGAGAUACACACCUUUAGACCCAGCACUUGGGAGGGAGAGGCAAUCUCUGAGUUCAAGGCCAGCUUGGUCUACAGAAUGAGUUCCAGGACAGCCACAGCUACACAGAGAAACACUGUCUCAAAAAACCAUAUAUAUAUAUAUUCUUAACAUUUUAAGAUUUAGUCCAUGUACUCAUUUAGUUUCUGGUAAUUUAUGUUAUAAUUGCUUUUUGAAAAAUCUAGUGAAAUGGGAAUCUUUGACUCUAGCCUACCUCUUUUAUUUUUUGAACCAAAGAGAAAAGAUGGACUUGUGUUUAUGAGACUCAUUCUACAACAUAGUUUGGUUUGUGUUAGUGACGGACACCUGCUGUUGUCUCAGUCUUUUUAUACUAUGUAAGGAAAGGGAGCGACUCUCCUUUGUCCUCAGGGUUAUUGUACUUUUGAGUAAUGCAUAGAAUGACAAUAUUAAGGUACAGGAUUCAUUCCUUUUUUACUCAUAACAAUUAUGGAAAUGAAUAAUUCUGUUAAUGUUUUUGAAAUUUCAAAUGGAUGAAAACUAUGAAAAUAUUCAUAGUUCUUUAUGAAAUUAAAGUGCCUCCCCAUUGAACAUGUGUAAAGUAUCACUGAUUUAUCUGUGCAACUUGUAUCUUUUGGGAAAAAAGCCUCUCAUUGAAGACAGCUUAUUUCUGACAUUGCUACACAGUUACUGCUCAUUUGUAUUAAAGAUGUAUGUCUGUUUGUAAAA